AUGCCCUUAGCACACAGUUCAACCGAUUUCACCGACGAAUAUCAAUGGGCAGCCGCUGGCCAUCUUCAAGAGCAACAAAGACAGAUGAUUCCGUUGGGGUUGGCUCGUCUGAGCAGGGUUAUUGUAUCCAGCGUUCUCAACGAAUUUACCUCAAUGAUUUCUGGUCAAGCAUCUACCAAUAAAAUCGCUUUUAACUGUGCUGAACAUGACGACCUCAUCCAGUCCGUCACAGUAUUUCGAUCUAACCGUGCGGAAGUCAAGCGCCGGGUAAAUCUUGACCUUAGAAGAGGACAAAACCACAUCCGAAUCGAGCGCUUGUCGUCUUGUAUAAGCGAAGAUUCGAUCAGAGUCGAUGGGACUGGGUCCGCCGUCAUCCUUGACGUGGUCUACCAUUCCCCAUUCCAUGAUAGAAGUGUCCGCCCCUCCGCUACCACUGGCCUUCGUUGUGCUAUCGAAACGCUACAAAAUGAACGUGCAAUCGUCCAAGAGCAGGGGGAGCUUCUUGCUAAUUAUGGACGCACUCUUGAUAAUAAAAGUGAUCCAGGAACUGAACUUCCAGAUAGACAACGCCAAGAGGAGCUGAGUGAGGUAGAGCAAAAAGAAUAUGAGGAUUUCGAAUCGGCCAGCGUCGCGGCGAUUACAGUGGUUGUAUUGGCUGAGAUGGAUAGCCCAGCGCAACUAAUGCUGACGUACAUGGUCUCUGACGCAAGCUGGUGCCCAUUUUACGACAUGCGCACAUCCAUCGCCAAAACGCCCCCGACUGCCGCUUUGCACUACCGUGCAUCCAUCACUCAGACGACUGGGGAGAACUGGCCAGACAUCGCACUCUCACUCUCGACAGCUUCUCCCCAGUUAGAUAGUACUGUGCCUCAGCUUUUUACGUGGAGGAUCGGUUUGCCAGCCGGCAUAUCCUAUCAGCCCACAGCUCGAUCUGUAAUUCUGAGUCCGGAGAUCCCUUCGUAUGGCGGCACCGCUAACUCAGAAACGGAGACAGGGAUGUACAUACCCUCCGUCAUCGUAUGGGAUUCCGCAGAGUCCAUGUGGAGAACUAAUAUCCCCAGUGACCGGGGCAGCCAUAAAGUCCUUAUCGCUGUUCUCGAUCUACAGGCGGAACUAGAGUGGAUAUGCAUACCAGGGGAAAAGGAGAGUGUAUUUCUAAACUGCAAAAUGCUCAACUCCAGUGGCUUCGCUUUACUUCCUGGAGAGGUCAGUGUAUUUGUAGAUAACAAUUUUAGGUCUAAAAGCCGAAUCAAAUACAUCUCGCCUAAUGAGUCGCUCAAGGUCUCGCUGGGUGUCGAUUCAGCAUUACAAGUAACAUAUACCAGAGCAAAAGUUCUCAAUCAUACACCCACGCAAUCUGGGCUCUUGUUUAUGGCGAAAGAGCAGCAAUCCAUCUCAUUUCAUUCUCAGCGGAUCGCAAUUCGUAAUUCCCGACAGACGUCUCUUUCAGUGCGAGUUCUGGACCACGUUCCCGUUAGUAUGGACUCACGACUUGGUGUUAAUGUCGUUUCUCCUAGGCUUCAUGCUGUUCCGACCUUAUCUGAUAAUGAUAUGGGUGAUGGCUCAAAGGAGUUGUGGAGGCAUGUGCAACAUGGUGUGAAAGCACGCUGGGCUACUUUAGAGGACUUUGGAGAAGGCGCGGUGGAGUGGAGUUGCGACAUUGCGCCGUCUGGCGAGGUGGAAGUAGAGUUGGCAUGGGAAGUGACCGCGCCCACUGGGGGGAAAUGGCAGAAUUUGAUACUUUAA